UGCCUUCUAAGUAUCUCAUGAUCGGCAUCCUGACGCUCCACCGGUCAGUCAUUCUUAUCAUAAAGUCGUGAUACCCUCUACUGUGACACUAACUACGCUAUAUAAAUUUACCAGUCCCCGAGGCGCCUUGCAACAGCAUAUAGUCUUAUAUUACAAUCCCUUGCUUCGUACGGCGCGCGAGUGUUGUUUACCUCUCCAGCACCGUCUUACAGCCCAGAGAAUUCCAUCAAUUAAAACUUCCAUAGAGCUGCUAUAGGCCCAAAUUCAUCCUUCACUACGAACCUAAUGCCUCCAGUCACCCGUCGGUCUCAGGGUAGCUCAAUCUUGGGCGAGUCCUGGGUGGUAGCUUCACAUAAUGAGGAGGACGAGCAACGAGUCAAACGUCAACCAUCCGAACCUUCAAGUCCGACACCUCGACCAACUCGAAGGAAACGCAACUAUGGGUCGGAAUCGAUCUCUACCUCCACCUCGUCUACAUCAGGGCCAGAGCUAAUCAUGCCGUCGGUGUACGAAGCUCCUAUCUCAGAAGGAUCCUGGGUUGCGCCCACCACGCGAUCCAAGCGCUCUCUCAGGCACAGACCCCAAAAGUCUCCCAAGCCUUUGACACAAGAAGAGGAACAGAAAUCUCCUUCGCCCAGACGAGUUGAAAUUACACCAGACUCUACACAAAGUCCUCGCCAAUCAGAAGCAAGCCAGCGUCGCGCAUGGAUUUCCCCGAACAGACCGUUCCAAUCAGUCCUACGCACGAUACUCAACCUUGUUCUCAUUGCAGCCAUCUCUCACAUGCUCGUCCUUCCCGAAAUAGUCCAACAAUAUCAAACCCUGUGUUCGUUAGAAACAAUAGCAACCCUAUACCCAACUAGCUGCAUCCCACCUUACCCCCAGCCUCAACCCCGCCACCACCAACAAGCCCCCUGGGAAGCCAUCGCUUCCUCACAAGCCCGCCUCGAGUCCCUCUUCAACACCACCGUUCACGAAACAGAUCCCUUGGCCAACAUACUCAAACAAAGCGAGUCCAAGAUACGCGACAUUCACCAGGAACUCAGGAAAGCCUACCCAGGUACCAAACACGAACUCUACCUCGAGUUUACCGGCUGCUUACAAGCCACCCGCACCGCCGCAAGCAAAUUCGACACGCUUCGAGUCGACCUCCGCUCAGCGGUGGAUAGUCUGAUCGCCAGCGGCGAUGCUCAGGCCAUCUCUCAGGACGCGCGUCUCUCGACCCAAAUGGCCCGACGAGAACAGUACCUUGACCAACUCAUCUCACGCAUGCAGUCUAAGGCCGACUCCCUCUCCAAUGACCUUGCCACCCUAGACGACCACCUCGAAUCGAUCGGGAGCAUCGUAGCCCGGGAAUCGAAGCAAUCAACUACCGCGCCCGGUGCACCACCCAAUCCGGGAGGCAAGUCAGACCAACCUCCUCGUAUGCGCACAUUUGUCGACUCGCUCUUGGGCGUCAAUCGCCCCCAUCCAAUCAAAGCAGAGGAAAGCGCCAUCCCCAGCCACGGAAACUCACUAGUCGAGAUGUUCCGAGAAGCCGCCACCAAUCAUCGUCCCGUGAUCCAUGUUGUCCGAAACCUAUCGAAUCAGCUCCAGACUCUGCAACAAAGAAAGAAUUCUGCUAUCUGAGCACAUACUAUCGAAAGCUAAUGUGAGACAUGCAUAUGGGACGACUGACUGACUCUGAAACCUGGAAAUAUAAGCCUUCGGCGUUUAGGCGUUCUUUGUUACAUGGCACGUGGGUU